AAUAAAUGGGGCGAAAAAUUCAAAGACACGUUGUAUAUUAAAACCAUAUUUAGGUGGAUUUUUCAUAUCUUUGAUUCUUGAAGCCCAAGCAAAAGCACUACAAAAGUGAUUCCCUCAGUUCUUGAACUUGAAAACCCUCCAUUGAAGAUGGCAGAAGUGAAGCUCCAUGGAACUUGGCCAAGCCCUUUCAGUUACAGAGUCAUCUGGGCUCUGGCUCUCAAAUCCAUUCCAUACGAAUACAUAGAAGAAGAUCUCGCCAAUAAAUCUCCUCUGCUUUUGCAAUACAAUCCCGUUCACAAGAAGAUUCCAGUGCUCGUCCAUGGCGGAAACCCUAUCUGUGAAUCCAUGAUCAUUCUCGAGUACAUCGAUGAAACAUGGCCGCAAAAUCCCUUGCUGCCUUCCGAUCCUUACGAGAGAGCCACUGCUCGAUUCUGGAUCAAAUUCAUAGAAGAUAAGGGCCCAGCGGUUUUUAUGGUAUUCCGUGCGAAGAAUGAAGAAGAAGGGGAGGAUGCGAAGAAACAGAGCUUGGAGAUGCUGGCAACUGUCGAGGAAUGGGGAUUCGGCGGCGGAGAGAGGAAGUUCUUCGGCGGAGAUGAGAUCGGAAUGGCGGAUUUGGCGUUUGGCGGGAUUGCGUAUUGGUUGGGGAGGAUUGAACAAGUGACGGGAGUGAAAUUAUUGAAUGCCGAAGAUUUCCCUCGGGUGUAUGCUUGGGCUGAGAGAUUCAGAGAAGCGCCGGUGAUCAGAGAUAAUCUACCUGACUGGAACCUCAUGGCGGCGAAUUUCCGGCGCCGGAGGAAGCAACUGCUGCAAUCUGCUGAAGAUAAUUAGAAACACAAUAUGUUCUGUUUGUGUUUUGUAGUGAGUUCGCCAAAUUAUAAUUUAUAAGGCAUGGUAUUUCUUCCCAAUAAUAAUAAUAAGGAAAAUUAUCUCAAAUCAUAAAAUUAUUUAAAGAUAUAAUAAAAUUUUAAAACUAUUAGAUGUUGAUAGAUUAUUAAUAGUUGUAAAAUGGUUUAUUUUUCUAUAUUUAAAAACCAUCCUAAUAAUAAUGAUAAUUACACAAUUGGGUGGAAUAUAGAGAUGGAGUUUUUGUACCUAUGACCCUAGUUUUAGGGAGAAAAUGAAAUUUGCCCCCUUUCUAAAUGGAAGUUUUUUUUAACCUUUCCCAACUUUAAGAUGAAAUUAUUCAUCUCAA